AUGGUCACAUUGAUUCUACGGCUCAUCAUUUUUGCGAUAUGGUCAGCAGAGGCCGUCGCAUCUCCCGUCCGUUCCUCCGGCGAGGACAGCAGCAAGCAGCAGCAUGUCAACCAUGGCAACAUCCUCACUCACGAACCUGAAUAUGAUCCCCUGUGGGAAAAGUACGGCCUAAACAAGUCGCAAGAGUACAAGUACUUUCAUGAACCAGGCAAUGACGACAUCCUGGGCCACUACGAUACGCGCUUCUUCACCGAACCCGUCCCGGACAGAGAGCGCUCCGAGACCAUGACGCAUAUGAUUCGCGCUUAUCUGAACUUUUUCAAUGAGCAUGGCCUGCAGACUUGGAUUGCGCAUGGCACAUUACUGGGGUGGUGGUGGAAUGGCAAGGUGCUGCCCUGGGACUGGGAUAUCGAUACACAAGUGCUGGAUACCACGCUGCUGCAGCUGGCUGACAAGUUCAACCAAACCGUCGUCCACUACACGGCUGCCGACUCCGACGUGGAACGGAGCUACCUCCUCGACGUCAACCCCUGGGCUCGACAGCGCGAACAGGGGCAGGGACUCAACAUUAUUGAUGCGCGGUGGAUCGACAGGCGGACGGGUCUCUACAUUGACAUCACAGGACUGAGUAGGCUGGAUCCGACAAAACCAAGUCUGUGGCAGGACAAAAACAACCACAAAUAUCAGACAGGGGACAUUUACCCCCUGCGCAAGACGACUUUUGAAGGCGUACCGGCCCAGAUUCCCUUCGACUACGACUCUGUAUUAAUCGCAGAAUAUACUCAGAAGGCGUUGACGAGCACCAAGUACCACAAUCACACAUGGUAUCCUGACACGGAACAAUGGGUUUCCGACAACGACAAAAUCGCCAAAGACAAGCUGAAUGACGAUCGCCAAUAUGAGAGGCGGUGA